AUGAAAAGUGCCCGAUUCGUAUCAAGAGAAGCUCAUUGGAGCCAAAAAAAGCAUACAUCUAGCAACUCUGACGAUAAUGAAGGAGGAGAUGAUACUGGAAAUACCAGCAAUUUUAAGUACAACACCGAUAUGGUUGAUAAUGAAAUUGAUUGUGAGGUUGAAAUGACAGAUAAUAACGACACAGAUGAAGAACAAAAUGAUCCUGAUUUAAAAGUAAUCGAAAAACGUGUGUUAUAUAUGCUUUUAAAACUUCAAGUAAUAUACAAUACAUCAGAAAUGACUGUUGAUUUUGUUGCCAAAAGUUUAUCUGAUAUACUUAAUGCAGUACAAACAUCAAAUAUUACUCUGUUCUUAAAGAACAAGAAAAUGCGAUGA